UCUUUGUUUCAAUAAAUCAAAAACCUUACCGCUGCUAUGGCCACAACAGCACAAAGAAACCUCUCAAUUUUCUACACUAGAAGACACUUCACCGUCGUCGGAGCCAAAGUCGCCGGAACGAGGUCUCCGGCAGCAUCGAAGAUUGGAAACUUACUCGUCGUCGCUUCAAUUACAAAAGCUUUGACAGCACCAGGAGGAACACGUAACCUAGAAAAAUACAACGAUUCAAUUCCCCUAUCAGAAACCCUAGUCCUCCAAAUCCUCCGCCGCAACAAUUUAGAUGCCGCCACUAAACUCGACUUCUUCAAAUGGUGCUCUCUCAGGCCCAAUUUCAAACACUCCACCGAAACUUACUCUCAAAUGUUCAGAUCCAUUUGCUAUUAUUAUUUUCACAAUCACCGGGAAGAUAUUUUCGUUCUACUCAACUCCAUGAAGCAUGAUGGAGUGUCGCUUAAUUCGGCCACAUUUAAGUUGUUGCUCGACUCGUUUACUCGAGCUGGUAAUUUUAAUUCAGCUCUUGAGAUUUUGGAAUUCAUGGAGAGUAAUCUGAAAAAUUCUAAUAUUAAUUGUUUAAGUCCUGAUGUGUAUAAUUCUGUACUUAUUGCACUUGUAAAAAAAAAUCAAGUUAAUUUAGCUUUGUCAAUUUUCCUUAAAUUGUUGGAAACUUAUGAUGGGAAUGGUAAUAGCAUUGGGAUUAGCGAUGCUGUUGCAUGUAAUGUGUUUCUUGUUGGUCUUAAGAGGGCUAAUAUGAGGGAUGAAUUUAAACAAGUUUUUGAUAAGCUUAGAGGAAAGAAGAAUAUUUUUCCGUUGGAUAGAUGGGGAUAUAAUAUAUGCAUUCACGCAUUCGGGUGUUGGGGGGAUUUGUCUAGUUGCUUGAGUCUUUUUAAAGAAAUGAAGGAAAGGGGAAGUUGGUUUAGUCCCGACUUGUGCACUUAUAAUAGCUUGAUUCAUGUGCUUUGCUUGCUCGGGAAGGUUAAGGAUGCUCUUGUUGUGUGGGAGGAAUUGAAGGGAUCUUCGGGUUUGGAACCUGAUGUUUAUACUUAUCGAAUUGUUAUACAAGGUUGCUCUAAGGCUUACCUGAUAAAUGAUGCGAUAAAAGUGUUCAGUGAGAUGCAGUAUAACGGUAUACGUCCGGAUACUAUUGUUUAUAACUCCCUCUUAGAUGGAUUGCUCAAGGCGAGAAAAUUGACAGAUGCGUGCAAUUUGUUUCAGAAAAUGAUUGAAGAUGAUGGUGUUCGAGCCAGUUGUUGGACCUAUAAUAUUCUUAUUGAUGGCUUGUUUAAGAAUGGGAGGGCUUUGGCUGCUUAUACCCUAUUCUGUGAUUUGAAGAAGAAAAGUAAUAAUUUUGUGGAUGGGGUUACUUAUAGCAUUGUCAUUUUGCAUCUUUGUCAGGAAGGUAGGCUUGAUGAAGCACUGAAGUUGGUGGAAGAGAUGGAAGCUAGAGGGUUUACUGUUGAUUUGGUUACCAUUACUUCUCUUUUGAUUGCAAUUUACCGGGAGGGGCAUUGGGACUAUACAGAGAGGCUUGUGAAACACGUUAGGGAGAACAAUUUAGUUCCAAUUAUUCUCAGGUGGAAAGACAGUAUGGAAGCUACAAUGAAAGCUCCACAGAGCAGAGAAAAGGAUUUUACACCCAUUUUUCCAUCAAAUGGGAACUUUGGUGAUAUUCUAAGCCUAGAAGAUUUAACAGUCCCUGCGACUGAUACUGCCCUUGGGGCAGAGGAUGAGAGGGAUCCGUGGUCAUCAUCACCAUAUAUGGACAUGCUGGCUAGUAAAGCGAGCUCCCAAAGUCAUGCUACAAGAACAUUCUCUCUUACCAGAGCAAAACGAGUAGACACUAAAGGUGCAGAUUCUUUUGAUAUUGGCAUGGUGAAUACCUUCUUAUCAAUAUUUUUGGCCAAAGGAAAAUUGAGCAUGGCCUGUAAGUUAUUUGAAAUUUUCACCGGCAUGGGUGCUGACCCUGUUAGUUAUACUUACAACUCUAUGAUGGGUUCAUUUGUCAAGAAGGGAUAUUUCGACCAGGCCUUGGGUGUUUUACAGGAAAUGGGCGAGAAGGUUUGCCCUGCUGAUGUAGCAACUUACAAUGUGAUAAUCCAGGGGUUGGGAAAGAUGGGAAGGGCUGAUCUUGCUGGUGCAGUGCUCGACAAGCUGAUGAAACAGGGGGGUUACCUUGACAUUGUAAUGUAUAACACCUUGAUAAAUGCGCUCGGGAAGGCUGGAAGAAUUGAGGAAGUAAACAAGCUUUUCCGGCAGAUGAAAGAUAGUGGAAUCAAUCCAGAUGUUGUCACUUACAAUACACUAAUUGAAGUUCAUGCCAAGGCAGGUCAGCUUAAGCAAGCUUACAAGUUUUUAAGGAUGAUGUUGGAAGCAGGGUGUGCCCCCAAUCACGUCACUGACACAACUUUGGACUUUCUGGAGAAGGAGAUUGAAAAACUGAGAUACCAGAAGGCGUCCAUUAAACGCCCCAAUGUUGAUAACUCGUUAUGAGAAGAACUUUCAGGUUUAGAGGAGUGAGUUCAGUAAUGGUGGGCAAUUCAUAUGGCUGGUAUUCAGAAUAGAGUUGGUUGUUUUUCAUGAAUGCAAAAGCAGGUAAAUUUUCUACAAACAGCAAUCCAGGAACUACUUUGAUUUUCUUUUAAUGCAUAGUCUGAAGAUUUGAAGUUUGAAUCGCUGUUUGGCAAUGAUCUUGUUUUAUGUUUUAUCUAUGGCUUCCCUAAGCAAACAUGUUUCUGAUACAUCUGGCCUUUUCCGAAGAAAUUGAGUAUUUGUAUGCUCAUUGGUAACGCAUUCUGACUUUUUAACACUUGAGUUUAUAUUUUGAAGUUGAAUUCGAAUUAUGUUGGUGGUCAGAUUUGAUUACCUUAUUUGGCAUAGGGCUGAAGUUUAUAUCUACUUAGAGGAUAGAUAAUUCAUUUGGUUAAAUAAUUCGUUAUAACCAGUGUUCUGAUUUUUUGAGAAUGCAAUGUGAUUGGUUAGAGCUCAAAAUCUGGAUUUGGCUAGGGCUUUUCCGAUCCACUUAGUCUAUCCUACCCGUCAUGCAGAGUUCAGAUCAACUGAGAAAUUUAUGAAGACCGGAAGCUAUAGCAUACAGAACUAUAAGAACUAUAAUCACAAGAUUAGGAAAAUAAAAAUGAAAAAUCAGUUUCCAUACAAAUACCCUUUAUUGAUAGAUUCUUAAAAAUCACAUCUUCUAUUAUUGUUCUCUUUUAGUGACCUUGAAGGGCGCCAAAUACAGCACUAGAGUUUUCAAGAGAGAUGAUUCUCGUUUUGCUUGGUUUGUUACAUGACUUGCAUAACUUGUUAACUCGGACAAUAUAUGCCUGACAUUGUCCUCAUUCUGCAUUUCCAAAUUAUGCUCUUACGUUCUCCAGGCUCCAUGUCUUAAGUUUUUCAUUUGAACAAAUUCUUAUAUUUUAGGAGGCUCGGGAAGAAGUUGAAUUCAUAGAAAUUGAAUUGAGUGCCUAGAAUUCAUAGCAAAAGUGAGUGCAAAGGGUUGUCAAAACUCAUAAAUUAUAGAAACAAAGAAGCAGAAGAAAACCAUCUGACAGGAACUUGAUGAUGGCACAGAACUGAGCUCUCACAAUGGCUAUUUCUCAUCUUAGUGGAUUGCUUUGAAAUGCUCCUCCUGGCCAAUGAGCUGCUGACUGGCGAAAUUGGAGAUGUCAGGGGGAGAAUAAGUUUGAAGAUAAGAGAAAGCUAGAAGUUAAUAGAACAUAUCACUGAAGCAUGCAUCUAUUGGCAGCAAAGACAUGUGGAUUAACACCUCAUAUAUUGUAUUCUCCGAUUCGUCUUCCUGAGCCGAAGGUCUAUGGGAAACAGCCUUUCUACCCUCGGGGUAAGGGUAAGGUCUGCAUACACACUAUUCUCCCCAAAUCCCACUAGUGUGAUUUCACUUGGUUGUUGUUAUUGUAUAUUUUAUUUUCAUACGAAGAAUAAGAAGGUCAAUACACCCCUCAAUGAAGUGGGAUGAAAAUCAUUGGAGACCAGGGUUCAAUUCCCACCAAAGUCGCAAAAACCCUAAGUGUUCACUUCCUAUUUGCCUGAGCCUCUUGGUGAACAGAGUUAUAUGGGAUCUAUGCUAGUGGGACUUUUGGAGAUAACACUCUCUUACACUUCAGAAGUGUGUACGGCUCUUGUCGUAGAGAUACGGAACUCAAUGAAGAGGUGAAUUGGAAGAAGGUUGAAGCAACCCAACGCAGACGCGCAUCAGAAUGCGAGGAAGUACAAAAUAUGGAGAUAUUAGCUAACUGAACACUGCCUGAUAUUAACUAGGUUGAAUAUCUUAAUUUGAUACACCAUACAAAACAUAUGUAUUUGAGUUGCUUUCUAUUCUUUACCUAACUUUGGAUUAUAUUUGUUCAUUCUUUUCGAACAUUUCCUUUUUGUAUUUCUAGUUCUUGAACAUUUCCUUUA